AUGCAGAAUGUUUCAGCAUUAUGUACAGUAUGUGGUUAUAAAUUGGAGAGUACAUCUCAAUUGAGAGAUCAUUAUAAGACAGAAUGGCACAAUUACAAUCAAAAGAGAAAGUUAGCGAAUAAAGAGCCAGUGUCUGAAGUGGUAUUUAAAAGGAAACUAGAGUUAUUAGAGUAUACAAAAGUAAAAGUAGAUAAGGGGAAUUCUCAUAUUAAGAAUAAGCAGAAGAUUGAGGCUCAAGAGAAUGAGGUUUUGAAUGAAAAAGAAAUUAAAAUGAAUGACAGACCAAAACAGUCAGAUACUUAUGAAUUAACAUAUUGUUAUUUUGAUAAUACAAUACACCCAAGCAUGGAUGAAUGCUUUGAAUAUAUGAGAAAAAAGUACUCAUUUAUAAUACCAGAUAGAGAUUAUUUGGUGGAUUAUGAAGGUUUAGCUCAAUACUUGGGAGAGAAGUUAUUUGAGGGUCAUAUUUGUUUGUAUUGUGAUAGAAUAUUUUCAAGUUUAAAUGCAGUUAGAGAUCAUAUGAUAAGUUUGGGUCAUACAAUGUUGGGAACUCACUUGGACAUUCAAAAAGAGGAGUUGGAAAGUUUUUACAACUAUUCUUCAUCAUAUAAGGAACUUAUUCCAAACUUGAACAAAUUAUCAAUUUCUGAUCAUGACGUAAAAUUAGAGGACGAUGAUGAAUGGGAAUAUAUUGACGAAGAUGAGGAUAAAAUUGACAGAUCAAAUAGAGAAGAAGAAGUUUUUUUAGAUGAAAUUUUAAGUUCGUACAACUUGAAAAAGCCAAUGAUAACAGAAUUUGGUGACUUAAGACUACCAAAUGGAAAAGAAGUUGUACAUAGGAAUUUGGCAUAUAUAUACAAACAGAGAAUACCAAAAAAGCAAGAUGAGAUUAGAGAUGGUAACCAUUCACUGGUUUUAAAAAAUAAAUAUCAUAAUAAAAAGAUUAAUGUAUAUGACACUAGUAAAUUGGGUCUGAACAUUCAAUUUAAAAAUAAAUCACAUUUGAAACAGAACCUACUUUUAAGCAAAAGAAUUAAAAAUAUUAAUUUAAAAGUCGGAGUAAAUAACAAUAAAUUGCAGAAAUACUUCGUAAGGAGAGAUGUAGUAUGGUAA